AUGGUAUUGAGCAGAUUUUCUUUGGAUGGAACUCCCGUGAGAGUGUUUAAGAACAACGAGAAUGUGGGUGUGACGUAUCCAAAGAAUCAAGGCAUGAGAAUAUAUUCGAGUCUGUGGAACACAGACGAUUGGGCAACUAGAGGUGGGCUUGUGAAGAUAGACUGGAGCAAAGCCCUCUUCGUCGCCUCAUACCAGAGUUUUAAUGCACAGGUGUGCAGUACUUCUUCCUCUGACUGCUCUGCAAAUGCAUGGUACAAUCAAGCAGCAUUGGAUUCGGGUGAGCAGCAGCAACUUGAAUGGGUGCGCAAGAACUAUAUGGUAUAUGAUUACUGUUCUGACACCAAAAGGUUUCCACUGGGCCUUCCUACUGAAUGCACCCGUUAG